AUGUUCUCAAUGAGACACACCAUCGCUACCACCCUGUCAUCGCUGUCAUCGACAUUGCCACACCACCAUCCCGCUAUCGACAGCCGACCAGCACAAACACAUUCGAAAUCUUUCUCCGUGUCCGGCUCACAAUUGACUAUAUUGCUGAGUUCUCUAGCAAGAUAUCUUUUCAGUUUAAGAAAGAAAAGAUAUCGAGCUAGGGGAGAGCAGCGGCUCCGCAUCGAUCCUACGUCCACCCUUGGUUUGAUUGCAUACGUAAUCACUCGC